AUGAGCUUUUCUGACAGCGAAGAGGAAAGUAAAAAUAUGGCGAACAACACAAACAGUGAUGAUUCAACUGAGUCUAGUACUGAAGAUCGGUUACCACAGGAGCAAAAUCAAGAAAUUGUUGAACAGAAAAUGACACAACAGCAACCAUUACCACGAAGAAAACGUUUCAUACCUAAAUAUGAUGUUGAUGGUGUAUACCGUUUAAUAUUAGGAGAAGAAACACAAUUUCAAAUUGAAAUGGUCGUUGGAACUAAUGUUAACGUACAAUAUCCUUGGAAAUUGGUCAAAAAGGAUAAAAUUAUGGAAAAUAUAGAUGCUGUUGGCGAAUUAUCUGAAUUUUAUUUCUUGAAACAAAGUUUAGAAACAUAUGAUGACGAAUUUGUUUUAAUGGGGUAUAUUGUAGACGAAUCUAAUGAUGAUGAUGAAUUUUAUAUAUGCUGUACUAAUGAAGCAAGAGAGCACUGUAAACAACAGUCAGAAAAAUUUAUUAGAAGACAAGAAAAAAAAUUGGAGAAGGCAAUUCAGAAAAAACCAAGGCCUUGGAAUAGCUUAGGAAGUGAAGAAGAAAUAAAGGAACUUGUUCCUUUUAAUACGAGGCCAUUGUUAGAAAUAGAGAUAAAGGCACAGUAUCUUACAAAGUAUCAACCUCAAGGUUUUAAAAUCCGAGAUACCAAUUCAGUUAGAGACGGUUACAUUGAAUUAACUCCUUACAGACAAAAAUUUAAUAAUAUAUUUUGUCGAAGAGUAGAUUGUGGGAUUCAAGCGGCUACCCGAAUCUAUAGUAGAGACGCUCAGACGGAAUUAAAAUACCCAAAAAAUAUUUGGACUCAAACGAUGACAGAUGCGCUUGGAAAAAUUGAUGAAACUGAGGGUGGUGGUGAUACAAACAUUGGUUUAGAUAAAAACAAAGGUAAUGAAAGCAGUUCUGAUGAUGAUACGAAGAGUGUAAAGGAAACUUCCAAUGAUAUCGAGCUAGUAACUUUCAUGAACGCAUUAAAAAAUAUGCGACGUUCAUCUUACAUCAAUAAGGUUAAACAAUUUCUAGUUGCAAAUAAACAUGAAAUGGAGUCUAUAGUAGAACUCAAUACAGUAAUGGAUAUAUAUCGCAAUGAUUAUCCUAGUUUAAUAACAGAAAAAACAGUUAAUAUUUAUGACUCAAUGUCUUUUGAAGAAUACGUGUGUUUUACAGAUGUUUUAGCAAAGGAAAAAUUUGUUUCAUGUGCUGUAUUUCAUCCUAUGUGGACAGGUAUAGUAGCUAUCUGCUAUUCCGAUGGGAAUCCAUCCAUUAUGAAAACCUUAAGCCAACGUCAUGAUCCAAUUCAAAGAGCAACUUAUGGUUUGAACCCUGUAAUGAUAUGGAGCCAUAUUGACAGUUUGCGACCAAAACUUUAUUUGCAAUCACCACGAGAAGUUAAAGUGCUUUCAUUUUGCCCUUUUAACGAAAACAUUUUAAUAGGUGGAUGCAUAAAUGGACAAGUAGUGCUUUGGGAUCUAACAAAUAAAUUGAGAAAUGUUGAAAGUAUACAGGUUCUUAGUGAAACUAGAGAAAAGUAUCACAUAGCUAUGAAUGCCCAUAUGGACUGGAUGAAAAAUAUUCAUGACAAGGCUGUGGUAGAACCUACCGCUUUAAGCAACUUACAAACAAGUCAUUAUGCUCCUAUAACUGCCAUUAAUUGGCUAUCUCCCAAUUUCAGUGUAUCACCGACAGGUAAAAUUACUUUGAUUUCUAAAGAUAGGAAUUCUAUAAUGGUUUUUACUGGAUCUGAAGAUGGAAGUAUAUUAAUUUGGAACUUAUCUGUGGAAAAUAUUACAGUGUUUGAAACAAAAAAAGUCAAAAAGUCAAAAAGAGUUCCAAAAAAACCAUCUGGCUUACUUCUUGAUAUUUCACCAUACAAAGUUUUAGAUAGAAAUUUACAGCCUUGUUUCAAACUGUUAUUAGGCAUUGCUGGCCGACCACAGACCUUGCCAUUACAGCGAUUUGGAAUAAAUCCUCCAUUAAUAAAAUAUAUGCAUAAACCAAGGCCUUUAGGCGAUGGAAGAAAAUAUUUUAUUCCUGAAAUCAUUCCUCAAACUGAAAGUGAUAUAUCAAAAAUUAUUUAUUGUGGUACACAGCAUGGAGAAUUAGCAAGAGUUACAUGGGAUGGUUAUGAAUUUAACACUGGUGAAAUUGUUAAUUCAGAAUACUGUGAAAUAACGUACAGUUGUCUAAUACAUGAUGGCAUCAUAACAACCGUACAAGUCAAUCCAAUCCUCAACGAUUUAACUUUAACUGUUGGAGGUAAAAUAUUUGCUAUUUGGUCUAAUGAACUAAUGAGCAGACCUCUUUUUUGGAAAAAGCGAAAUUGCCGACUAACAGAUGCUGCUUGGUCAUUAUAUAAGCCUAGUAUCAUAUUUGUUACGACAUCUGAAGGUAAUUUAGAAACAUGGGACAUAUUGCUAAGAAGCGACAAGCCAAUAGCAGUACAGACACUGUCUGGUUCCAUGCUUACAGGUGUAAGCUUACAUACUCUUCCCCUAACAAAAAACAUUAUUGGUGUAAGUGACGUAAAUGGUUCCUUUAGAACUUUUCUAGAUCCUCCGAUUUUUAUGAUCGAGAAUCAAUCAUAUAUAAAUAGAAUGGAGAAAAUGACAAAAAGAGAAUUAAAUGUCAUGCAAUCUUUCAUAAGCUGGCAAAAUGAUUGGAUAAAAAAUAAUCCUCAAAUUUUAUUGGAGAUAAGGCGCAAAGAAGGUACACUUUUAGCUGAAAAAGAAGAGGAAAAGCGCAGACAUAUAGAAGAAGAAGAAAAGAGAUUAGUGGAAGAAGCGGAAAAAAAACAGCAGCAAAAAUUAAAAGUCAUUGGUCCAGAAGAGCGGUGGCAGAUGAUUAUUCAUAAACUAAUAGAGCGAACUAUCGCUAUGAAGAAAAGAAUAAAUAGAGCUGAACUGAUAGAACACGAGAAACCGUUAAGAGAAUUAGAGUCUCAACGAUUGGAAAAAGAAAGAAGAAUGCUCGAUAUAAUGAAAAAUCAAAAAAAUAUAUUUAAUGAUACGGUUGCAAUUCUUUUCCCUGAAGCAAUAAAGAAAAGCCCAAAAGUUAAGAAAAGCCUUCUCGCUGAAGAUAAAACAUCCUUGAAACGAAAAUACCUUGAAGAAUAUAAUGACAUAAAGAACGCCUCCUUAAAGACUGUUAGAGAUAACCCGUAUAAAGUUCCAUUUUCAUGGGAAGCUACAAUAGCCGAAGGUAAAGAAAGGCGGCAAGCCUUAAACCCUUUUGAAGAUUUUAUAAAAAUGCAUAAGUACAGGAUUAAUGACGAAGAAUACCGUGAUGAAAACAUUACAACCCUUUCUGUUAGAUCGUACGAAGUAAGUUCUGGAAAAGAAUCGUUAGGGGGUUAA